CCUCGCCCGGAGCGAGGGGUUAAAAGACAACAGAUCGAUCGGACGCUCUCAGAGAACUUCAAACACUACGGUCACUGGGGAUAUGCUAUCCACCGCACAUACUACAGCCCCGAAUCUGACGAACACUGGGACAUGUUGCUCGACGCUUUGACACGGCAAAUCUAUCUUGCACUUGGAUACGUCGGCACUGAUGAGAUGUAUGACCACGAAGUGAGUCAGGGAAGCCGGAGAAGCCCUUACCGGGAAAGUCGAGAAGCAUACACGAAGGAUUUGGAGCGACUCAAGAAGCUAUUUCAUCUUGAUCCCCACGAGGAUCCGGCGCUGCUCAAUGGCCUGGAUGUUGGUCAGCUUCGAGAGGUGUGUUCCAAGGAGCACGCUGAGGCGGAAAAGACGAUGUCGGGGGGGCGAUUCAAAUUCGCCCUUUUCGCUGAUGAGACGGUUCUCAAGGAUAUUGCAAGAGGAGAGUUCGUCGUGAAGGUGGUCCAAUACGACUGGCGAGAGGGUUUCGGAGACUGGGGUUGGAUGAGGAUCCCGACGGGCUAUUUGCCGGAGCUU